AUGGCUUCUCUGUCCAACUUCGGGCAGAUGCCCUCCGACCAGCCUGGCUACUCUUUCUCAAACGCCGGCUCAUCUAAUGAGGCGUCUGGACAAAGACAGCAUGCCUUCUACCCAUACGCAGACAACGGUGGCUCGACGUUAGGAAUCACAGGUGCCGAUUUUGCUAUCCUUGCAGGCGACACGCGAUCAACCUCCGGCUACAACAUCAACACCAGAUACGAACCCAAGCUCUUUCGAAUUGGCGACGACGGUGACUCCUCCUCAAAUAUUGUACUCUCAGUGGUGGGCUUUGCAGCGGAUGGACACGCGUUGAAGGAACGACUGGAUGCAAUUGCCAAAAUGUACAAGUACCAGCAUGGCAAACCCAUGAGCGUCAAGGCAUGCGCACAACGACUAUCAACGAUACUCUACCAAAAGCGCUUCUUCCCAUACUACGUACACGCGAUUCUGGGUGGAUUGGACGAGGAUGGAAAAGGAGCACUCUACAGCUACGACCCAGUAGGCAGCUACGAGCGCGAGCAAUGCCGAGCAGCUGGAGCGGCGGCCAGUCUGAUCAUGCCUUUCCUGGACAACCAGGUCAACUAUAAGAAUCAGUACAUUCCAGCCUCCGGUUACGGUCACGAGUUGCAACAGAGGCCAAUCGAAACGCUACCCCAAGAUGUUGUCGUUGGACUAGUCAAGGACGCCUUCACCAGUGCCACAGAAAGACAUAUUGAGGUUGGUGACGGGCUUCAAAUGCUCAUCAUUACAAGAGAUGGCAUUGCGGAGACCUUCACACCAUUGAAGCGAGAUUAG